CGCUGUGUAAAAAAUGCAUUCAGAACAUGCGCACGUAAAUUAAAAUGUCUGCAGAUGACAGGGUGACUAAAAGGAACCACCUGUUGCAGAAAAUAAUGUCCACUUCUGUUAUGUAAUGUGUUAUUAACUGGGAAGAAAUAGUAACCUCCAAGUGAAGUGAACUUAAUCAUUUGUAAUGGACGCAUCGCGGCGAUUCUUCGUUUUCGCAGUUAUUGCACCGUUUUUAGGGCAAAAUGGAUUUGGUCAGAUAACCUUGUCUGGCACUGCCAACUGCAGUAUACCGUACAAUGUCAACGGGCAGACGUUGGACGUUUACCGGGCCGCAGGAUUAUGGUAUGAAUACAUGGUGAGUUUUGACGAAGUUUUGUACAACGGGAUUAACAACGUCACCAUUCGUGGCACAUAUCCGGGAACGAAUUCUUCGUGUUCUGGAUCGUAUUUCGCCACUUUUUGGUUGAACUUCUACACGACCAACGCGGCGGGAAACGGUCUAACAUGUGGCGGGCUGUGGCAGCAAGGCAACCUAACCGUGGAUGGAAAGCGUCACGUGAUGACGCUGUUUGCUGCCACUGACACCGAAUUAUUCAACCUCACAUUCACGACGUUGUUCAAUGAUUACAACGUGUUGGAGAUAGUGUACACCUGCAAUGACUUCCCUGUUCCAACUGAUAACAUCUGUCGGGAUCCCAGUUUUUGGGUGUUUGUGAGAAUUCAGCCAACACUCUUGACAGAUGUGCAGAAAACGUAUAUUCAGAAUACCGUCAAUGAUAUUCUCAAACCAAUGUGCCGAUCCUUUGCGGAUAUGAAGUUAGUUGGGAACACGCCAUCCGCCAAUUUACCGCCGUGUAAUAGUGGACAAGGAAGCCCAGCGUUUCCGGCUAUUUUUGCUGCGGCUAUGCCUAAAGUCUGUACUCCUGUUGGCAUAUAAUAUACAUCGUUAAAUUGCGAGCAUAUCUUUCAAAGGAAUUUAUACAGAUUUGCUUGUCCAUGUUUUCCAGUGACAAAAAUUUUGUCACUGGAAAACAUGGAUGCCAUUUAAUGGCUUACAAUAUCUUCCUGUUUUCACAUGCAACACAACUGUGUGGGCAAAAUCUGUAUAAUUUUAUUUACGUACAUUGUAAAUACACUGUGUGUGCACUAAAGAUGGUGGUUAGCUAGCCCAUAGCGGUGUACGAUAAUUAAA